CUUUUCUUCAUAUCCACGGAACACUCUGAAACUAAGUAACACAAACCUCAGGAUACAGAAAUGGCAAUGUCAAUGUCAAACACCACAAAGAAUUGCUUCUGUGAACCCAGAAAGCCAUUCUUUUCUCCCCUCCCUCCCUUCCAUCCAUUCCCCAUAUACAUAAAAUCUCUCCAUCUUCUGAUUCCCUUUCCCAAACAACUAAACUUAAACUAAUCACACCAUUUUUCAUGUCUUUUGCUUCAUCUCGCCAUACCAGACCCUCCUUCCAUUUAUACUGGUGCCACCAAUGCCACCGGAUGGUCACCCUCGCCACUGCCGGAGACCCGUCUGAGCUCAUCUGCUCGCGCUGUUCAGGCCAGUUCCUCGAAGAACUCCAUCUCACCCGCCCCCAAUUUGAUAACUCUCCCGAGACUCGUUUACUUGAAGCCCUCUCCCUGAUGCUCGACCCCCCUGUUCGGCUCUUUAGACUCCCCGACCUUGACCGCCGUCGUCCGAUGUCGCACCAAUUCGACAAUUUCGACCGACGAUCGUUUAGUGAUCCUGAAGGCGACGAAUGGUUCCACGGGCGAACCAGGCGGCGCAAUCGAAGCCUAGACGAGAGGGACAACUCCAGCCUGCUACCCCCAAAUCAGAACCGGUCUCGGACUUUCAUCAUUCUCAGACCCACAGACCCAUCUCGGCCAGUUCAGACCAUAAUACCACCGAGAGCAGACCCAGGAGACUACUUCACUGGACCACGACUCGACGAGCUAAUCGAAGAACUAACGCAGAACGACCGGCCAGGGCCGCAGCCAGCAAGCGAGGCAGCAAUAGAGCGAAUCCCAACGGUGAAGAUAGCGGCGGAACAUUUGAAGAACGACUCGAUGUGCCCAGUUUGUAAGGAGGAGUUCGAGAUUGGGGAAGAAGCAAGGGAAUUGAUGUGCAAGCAUGUAUACCAUUCGGAGUGCAUAGUGCCAUGGCUUCGACUUCACAACUCAUGUCCGGUUUGCAGGCAAGAGAUGCCGCCAUCACCGCCGGAGAAUCAAGCGGCAGAAAGUUCUGAAGAUGAAGAAGGGAUUGGGAGAAGAUGUACCAGGUGGUGGGGUCAGUUGGUGAAUAGGCCAUUUCGGAGUAGAUAUAGGCAGCUCAGUCCUCCACAGGACCGCCACAAUUCUUCCUCUAGAGAUUAUGGUGGCUAAAAGUAUUGAUAUAAAAUACAAGGGGUAUUCAAUUAAAUAAAAGCUUGUAUGAGCAUACACUAAAGAUGCAAUACAAUAAUUAAGGGUCUCCCCAAUGAUGGUGUAUUCUUAACAGUCA